CAUGAUUGACGUUCUUCUUGCCAAUUGUGCUUAGCUCCAAUUAGUCAACGGGCGCUGCCGGGGCAGGACAUAACAAGCAUCUUUCUGAGUGUACACAAGGUAUCAGACAGACUAGAUCAUCGUACAUGUUCACCACUACUUAAGUAAGACACAUCUGCCACGAAAUUAUUGUCAUAUAAGCUUUACAAUUUGCAACAGUUGGCCCUUCACGCAGCUCGUGAUGAUGUCUUCUGUUAGGGCACAUGGCGCCCAUCGCCACCGACACAUUUAUUCUGGGAGGCAGUCAUCUUUGCAUAGUGAUUGUUCCCCGAGCUCCAGCUUUGCAGCGGUCUCACAGCCUCGAGGUUUACAGCGCGCUCGACCCAAAGUGCAACUCACCGACGCCGAAGAUGAAGGGUUAGAUAUUGUUCUCAGAUCGAUGGAAGACCUAGAAGCCCAUCUAAGACAGAGGAUCGAGGAAUUGGAAGCUCGCCUUGGAACUUUGACAUCCACUCAUCAGGAAACGACCCAAGCGAACCAGAAACUCCUUGUGAAACUUGACUCAUGGACGGGCUCAAUCAAGACUCUGUUAGAUCAGUGCUUCGCACCAAUCAAUGACGUUCAUCUUCCCUAGACUCCGCAGUGCAAAGAUAAUGAGGAGUCGGAGGUUGAAGGGUUGGCGAAUUGCGAAUAUCGUGUUGAAUAGAGAGGGAGUUGGAUCAUCCUUGGUAACUUCACUUAGCCCCUGAGAUUUGAUGGUGACGAGAAAAUAGCUUGUGCAACGACGUUGAUUCCUAAGUACCAUGCACGAAAUUACACAUUGGAAUAUUGCAAUAGAAAAUAGGAUUAUUAGGAGUUCUAAUUGAGGCUUGACGUACGGCACACCCUGUU